AUGGACUGGAUCAGUGCAGCGCGCCAUAGACGCACUGGAUUUGUGCAACCUUGCCGGGCACUCUGGUCGUUCGUUGGAUAUCGAGCGCUGCUGAAGGUGUGUCCGAACGAGAACGUUCUCGGGCCGGCAGCAGCAGCAGCAGCACGCCCUCAUUCAGAGCGUGCGGCCGCUUCCCUAUUAGCCAGCGCCACAGGGCAACGUCCAAAGUCCGGUGCAGCUGGUCGUCGACGUAAGGGCGCCGAGGCAAUCGAUCGCGUUUUAGAACGGUACGCUGCAACCGUUGGUGUCGAAGUACACGUUCAACUCGCUACAAGGACGAAAGCGUACUGUGGUUGCAGUUGCGAACAAGCGCCGGGGCCGAACACCCAUAUAUGCCCUGUAUGCACCGGCCAGCCUGGAACGCUACCGGCGCUGAACCAGAACGUGGUCGAACUGGCUGUCAAAGCCGGCCUGGCUCUGCACUGCAGGAUAGCGCUGAGGACCAAGUUCGAUCGGAAAAACUACUUCUACGCCGACACGCCGAAAAACUACCAAAUAAGCCAGUACGAUAUGCCCAUCGCCGAGAACGGAUACCUGGAGCUGCCGUCCUCGGGCAAGCGCGUACAUAUCCGUCGUGCACAUAUGGAGGAGGAUUCGGCGAAAAUGUUCCAUUCACAAACUGCAGAAGAGGAGCCAGAUGAAAUCCCGGGUCAGGACCCUGGGGCACACGAAGCAAAAUACUCUCUGAUAGAUCACAAUCGAGCUGGCGUUCCGUUGUUGGAGAUCGUUACAGGGCCGGAUAUGGAGUCCGGGGCUGAAGCGGCCGCCUUCGGCGAGGAGCUGCAGCGCGUCCUACGAUACGCAGCGAUCAGCGACUGCAAUAUGCAGGACGGCUCGCUUCGUGUCGACGUGAACGUCUCGAUUAGACCUCGUGGAUUGUCUGGUGUCAGGUCGGAUGAUGCACUCGGGACCAAGGUAGAGCUGAAAAACCUGAACUCCUUCAAUGCAAUCGAGCGAGCAGUCGAUUACGAAAUUCUUCGGCAAGCGGCCAUGCUUGAUGGCAAUGGAACGGUUCGCCAGGAGACGCGUCUAUGGGAUGAGCGUGAACAGGCUACGAAGGUGUUGCGUAUCAAGGAAGGUGCAUCUGACUACCGUUAUUUUCCGGAACCUGACAUUCCGCCGAUUCUUCUAGAGCAAGCUCAGGUUGAUGCUUGGAAAGCGAGUCUGCCAGAGCUACCUGCAGAGAAACGCUUGCGUUAUACGUCAGCAUUAGGCCUUACACCUUAUGAUGCAGGAGUGCUCACUGCAGAACCAGCGACAGCUUUCUUUUUUGAGGACACCGUCGGACAUCUUGCUGUCGAGGGUCUGGAUCCUCGCAUGCUGAUCGAUCGAGCGAAAGCGGCUGCAAACUGGAUCACCGGCGACAUCGCCGCCCUGAUCAAACAGAAACCGCAGGCGCGCUCUAUCCAGGAGACAGCACUGACGCCGAGCGUGCUCGCAGAACUCAUUCUGCUGAUUGAGGACGGGACGAUUAGCGGGAAGAUCGCCAAGGAAAUCCUCCCAGAGCUCAUGGAGGAGCCCUGCAGUUCGGUGCGUGACCUCGUUGAAAAGCAAGGCAAGACACAGAUCCGAAGUGAAUCCGUAAUUGCGGAUCUCAUUCGACAAGUCAUGCGUGAACAUCCCGAAAAUGUGCAGGCGUACAGGCAAGGGAAAACCAAGCUUGCAGGGUUUUUUGUCGGACAGGUGAUGAAACGCGGCGAUGGUCGUCUGGAUCCGGCCCUGACGCAACGUCUUGUGACCGAGUUGUUGUCACGCGACGAUUCCGGCGAAUCCUAG